ACCACCUGACUUCAGCUGUGUCUGUGUGAACAAGAUGGAGAAGCUCAUGAUACUGCUGCUCUUCUGCCAUGAAGCGUUUACAGUCAAACACUCGUUGAAGUUUCAAGUCAUGAUAUCUUCUGGAAAUCCAAACAUCCCUGAUUAUAUGGCUGCAGCAAACUUUGAGGAAGUUGAGAUGGCGUACUAUGACAGCAACAUGAAAACACCAGAACCCAGACACACCUGGGUGAGAAAAUUAAUAGAGAAUGAUCCACAAGACUGGGAAGGGUUUUCUGAGGACGGCAUAAAUUACGAGCAGCUCCUCAGAGUGCAAACAGACAGUUUCAAGCAGCACUCAAACCAAACUGGAGGUGUUCACAUCAUCCAGCAGAUGUUGGGCUGUGAUUGGGAUGAUGAGACUGAAAAGGUUAUAGGUUAUAAUCAAUAUGGUUAUAAUGGGGAAGACUUCCUCACAUUUGACCUGGAGACAGAGACGUGGAUCGCUGCAAACCCCCAGGCUGACACCGCUAAACAGGAGUGGGAUGGAAAUACAGCUAAUAAUCAGUAUUGGAAGAACAUCGUCAUCAACGUUUAUCCUGUCUGGCUGAAGAAGUAUUUGAUCUAUGCAAGUGGUUUUCUGGAUAGACCAGAGCUUCCCUCAGUGUCUCUCCUCCAGAAGACUCCCUCCUCUCCAGUCAGCUGCCACGCUACAGGUUUCUUCCCUCACAGAGCUGUGAUGUUCUGGAGGAAAGAUGGAGAGGAUCUUCAUGAGGGCGUGGACCAAGGAGAGAUCCUCCUCAACCCUGAUGAAACCUUCCAGAUGAGCGUUGACCUGGACAUUUCAUCAGUCACACCUGAAGACUGGAGGAGGUACGACUGGGUGUUUCAGCUCUCUGGAGUGAAGGAUGACAUCGUCACCAAACUGGACAAAGCAGAGAUCAGGACCAACUGGGGAAAUAUUGGGAUUAGAAAGGAUGAAGAGACGCCCAGUGAAAAGACCCUCCCCAUCGUUGUUGCAGUGGCUGUUCUUGUAAUCCUCAUUUCUGUUAUUGGAUUUACUGUUUACAAAAAGAAGAAAGCCAAACUCCCUGCACCUCCUCCUGACAACGUCUCUGAACUCAGUGAGAAGCUGAAUCCAGAAACCUGAUCGACAAACACACCGUCCUGCACGCACAGGGUGACGUCAUGUAGUAUGACAAAAAACACAAUGGCGGCUUUGUAUGAGGUUAAGGGAGGUUAUUAAGAGACGGAGAGAGAAAUUCUCAGGUGCUUACGUUUUAAUUCAUGAGCCCUGUUGGAGUUGAAUUUUUGGAAAAAGUUUACUGUUUUAUGUGACUAUUUUCUGACUAUUGUCAAAAAUCACUAAUAUAUGUAUAUUUUCUGACUUAUGUCUAUUGCAGAAACCUUUGGCGUCACUUGCUUAAAUCACAUUUGAAAUCCUAAUUUCAAUUUCAAUUUCUUUUAAUCUGUGAUAAAAAAA